GAAGAGCUCUGUAGUCAAGCUGCUUCUAUCACCAGCAGGAAGAGCGUUUGUUAUUUGAGCCUCUUACAGAAACAUGCGCUUUUACUCACUCAUGAGUUCUUUAAUUCUCUUUGUGUUACUCCUCUGUAUCUCAGGUUCUGAGAGCCUGAAGACACUGAAGAAUUUAGCUGUAAAACGUGGAGGAUCUCUCAGUAUUCCAUGUGUUUAUGAUGAGAAAUACAAACCAAACCUUAAAUACUGGUGUCAGGGGUAUCACUGGUCCUCCUGCCAAAUAGUAGCCUAUACAAACACAAGUGGAACAACAUCAGUCACUGAUCAUCCAACCCAGAACAUGUUUACUGUGGAACUGAAUAGUCUUCAAGACUCUGGAUAUUAUUGGUGUGCUGUGGAAAUUGGUGGGAUAUGGACCCCUGAUGACAGGGAUUAUUUAUACCUGACGGUCAGUUCAGAUCCUGCUGUGUCAGUGAUAAACAGUAGAGUGAGUGGUCAGGAAGGGGACAGUGUCAGUGUCCAGUGUCUCUACAGUGCUAAAUAUCAGAAUAAACAGAAGAAGUGGUGCAGAUUUAAAGACUGGAGCUGCUUCACAGUGGGGAGGACUGAUACAUCCCAUAAUUCAGCAGUGCUGGCCAGUGAUGAUGGAAAAGGAUCCGUCAGUGUGAAGAUGAGGGGUCUGCAGAAGAGUGAUGCUGGCUGGUACUGGUUCAGUGCAGGAGAUGUGGGGGUUACUGUUCACCUCACUGUCAUUACUACAGGUGGAGAUGAGAUGCGAAGUAAAGAUGAAGGAUCACAGCUUGAUGACACCACACUGGCUCUCACCAUAAUCGCUGGGCUGUUUCUGCUGCUGACAUUGGUUGGUUUGGUCAUCUGGAAAGUUAAGUAUAAACAAAGAUUAACCACAAAAGGAGGAAGUAGUGGCUGUUCGACAGAGUUUGAUGUGGUGUAUGCUGAUGUUAUCUUCGAUAGUCUGGCACAAAGGAGUCCAAAGAAGCUCUCUCAGGCUGCCUGUGAUGACAGGGUCAUCUAUAGCUCAGUGAAAACUUCCCAGUGAAUGGUUGCACAGAUGCGUCUACAGCCAAGGAGGAAUUUACUGUCUUCUUCAUUUACAUGGAGUGAACAACCAAUCCAAUUGGACCUUAGUUCUCAAAAACUGCACACCGCAGUGAAACUUUGCAUUCAGAGUAUAUUUCUGUGUCAGAACGAAGACUGGCAGUCAUUUUUUCAUAUUUAUAGAGGCUUCAUGUUUGAGAACAAGCUGAUUUGUGUUCUAUGUCAUGCUCUCAACUGUACACAUGUGAGCACAUGCAGGUGGGAGGACGCAGGGUCCAGCUAAUAUCAUCUAUGCUGUAAUGCGAGUAGACCCCUACUAGCGUUCUUUAACCCAUGUAUGUCCAACGACUAAGUUUAGUUUGAUAACAGAAGUGCCACAGAACUUAACUUGGUCUGAAGUGAUGAAAUUUUUUAUAGUUAGGUCAGUGUUAGAUGAGCAUCUAACACAGGGCUGUCCAAAGUGUGGCCUGUGGGUCAAAGUUGGCCCAUCAUGACGUAUGAUUUGGCUGCUAGAAUGUUACCUUAGCCCCAUAUUCAUCACCCAAUGAGAGAACAUAUCGGUGUUGUCGGAAGAAAACCUUGUAUCUUCAUUUUUGACAUAAUUUGAAAAUACCUG